UCAAUUAAUCAACAGAUUUUGGAACAUUUAAACUGUAAAAAAAAGCCAAAAAAUCAAAUUAUUGUAAAACAAAGUGUUAAAAUGGUAAAUAUUUCUCUGACCUGAAAGAUUGAUUCAGUUUCUCGUAUUUAAAAAAAAUAUUUUUUACCCCCUUAGAAAUGGUAGAAAAGCAAAUGGUGCUCAUCCAGCAAUUGAUGAACAACCAACCAAAUAUUAGAAAUAUUUCUGUCAUAGCACACGUCGAUCAUGGCAAGAGUACAUUGACUGACUGUCUGGUAAUUAAGGCAAAAAUUGCAUCUGAAGAAUCUGGUGGUAAAAGAUACAUGGAUACAAGAGAGGACGAACAAGAAAGAGGUAUUACAAUUAAAAGUACAGCAAUUUCUCUCAAUUUUUCAGUACAAAACCCCGUCUUAUCCAAACAUAUGAAACAAGAUUAUAAUGGAAAUUCCUUUUUGAUCAAUUUGAUUGACUCCCCAGGGCACGUCGAUUUUUCAUCUGAGGUGACAGCAGCUCUCCGUGUUACAGAUGGUGCCCUCGUCGUAAUUGACUGUGUUGACGGAAUAUGCGUACAAACAGAGACUGUUUUAAGACAGGCAAUAGCUGAAAGGAUUAAACCAACAAUGGUGCUUAAUAAGAUAGACAGAGCUCUUCUAGAAUUAAGAGAAUCAAAAUUAGAUCUGGCUAGUAAAAUUAGAAGGAGAGUAGAAGAUUUCAAUGCCAAGUUACAGAUGAUCUGUCAAAAUAAUGAAGAUUGGACAAUUGACUCCUUAUAUCCUGCUCUAAACGAGAUUUCUUUCUGUUCAGGUUUACAAGGUUGGGGAUUCACUUUGAGAUCGUUUGCCAAAUUUUAUAUUAAAGAAUUCAAAAGAGAAGGAAAACCUAAUCCAGAACUGUUCAUCUGUAAAGCGUUAUGGACAGAAAAUUUGUGUUACUCCUCUGAUGAUCCUUUUGCAGCAGACGGCAAAUUCGUGAAAGACGGACCUCCUGAAAGAUCAGCUUUUAUCGUUUUCGUUUUGAAUCCAAUUUAUAAGGUAAAAGAACUCUGUGAAAAUCUUGAUCACGCUGGAAUAAUUGAAUAUUUGAGCAAAUUCAAUGUGAAAUUGACACUUGACACACUCAAACCAUUAAAAGUAUUCAAGGAUCUCUUCAAAUAUGUUAUGAGAACAUGGCUUCCAGCAGCAGAGAUGCUUUUGGAACAAAUUAUUAUUAAUUUGCCAUCACCUAAAACCGCUCAGAAAUAUCGUGCUGCUCAUCUUUAUACCGGUCCAAUUAAUGACAAGGCGGGUCAAUCUAUUCAAAAUGCAUCAGUCCAUAAGGAUGAUCCUUUCAUCAUGUAUGUUUCUAAAAUGGUACCAUUUUUAGAGAAUAGAUUCAUUGCAAUGGGCCGUGUUUUCGGUGGUGUUGUGAAACCUGGUAUGAAGGUACGAAUUCAAGGACCUGAUUACCUUCCAGGAUCAAAAAAUGAUUUAUCGGUGAAAACAAUUCAAAGAACCGUCGUUCUUAUGGGAAGGACUAUCAAGGAUAUUGAUGAGUGUCCUGCAGGUAAUAUUGUCGGUCUUAUCGGAAUGGAUAAUGAAUUGAAGAAAACUGGUACAAUUACCAAUUGGGAUGAUUGCUUUAAUAUCAAGUCGAUGAAAUUUUCUGUCAGUCCUGUCGUAAAAUACGCUAUCAGGCCAAAAAACUCCUCCGAUUUGCCAAAAUUAAAGGCCGGUCUUCUGAAAUUGUCAAAAUCUGAUCCGCUUACACAAGUUUACACAAAUUUUUCUGAUAACGGUGAGUUGACAUUGGCAGGUGCAGGUGAGUUGCACUUGGAAAUUUCUAUCAACGAUCUUAGAAAAGAAUAUGCUAAUUGUGAAAUCAUCACAGGUGAGCCACAGGUAACUUAUAUUGAAGGAAUCUCAGAGUCAAUUACAUCGCCUAAAAUGAGCAAAUCUCCAAACAAACAUAAUAGAAUAUUUAUGUGUAUUGAGCCAUUAGAACAAAACAUUGUCGAACAUAUUGAAAGUGGUCUUCUUUGUAUCAAAGAUUCUAAAGAAAGAUCUGCUAAAUUCAGAGAGGUACUCAAUAUCAAAGACGAAUGGGUAAAGAAAAUACUUUUUUAUGGACCAGAGGAUAAAGGACCAAAUAUAGUAAUCGAUUCAACCAAAGGAAUUGCUUAUCUUAAUGAAAUUAAGGAAUAUAUGAGAGAAGGAUUCAGAGAGGUCACCACAAAAGGACCAUUGAUAGGUGAAAACUUGAGAGGCUGCAGAUUUGACUUGAUUGAUUGUACUCUGCACUCAGAUGCAAUUCACAGAACAGGUAACCAAAUUUCUCAGCCAAUGUCACAGAUCUGUAAAGGUCUCGUUCUUGCAGCAGAUCCAAUUUUAUACGAACCGAUUUUCAAGGCAGAAAUCAAUGUCUCAUCUGACCAAUUAGGAGGUGUUAACACCGUUUUAUCACAACGAAGAGGUAUUGCAGAGGAAUACAGACAAGAAGGAACAAUGAGAACAAUUGUUACAGGUUACAUCCCUGUAAGAGAAUCAUUCGGUUUCAAUUCCGCAUUAUUGAUGGCAACAAGAGGAGAAGCAUCAGUCGUUUUGACAUUUUCACACUACUCAGUUUUACCUGGUUCAUUAAAAGAAGAAUCAUCUUUACUUUAUCAGACAGUCACCUCUGUCAGAGAGAAAAAGGGCUUACACGAGUUAAAAGGCGCAGAAACCUAUUUCGAUACGCUUUAAGCAAUUAAAUCGAUCUUUUCAAAAAAAUUCUUUUUUCCAAUCAUUCAUUAUUUUCUGAAAUUUACAAAUAACUUUUGUUUUACUAAUUUUUUCUUUCAAACAUGAACGUAUUUUUCUAUAUUUUUUGCAAAAAGUUCAUCAUCAAAUAUGUUUAUGCGAUGAAAAUAAUUUUAUACAUGUUAAAAAACGAUUUACGUGUGAAAAAGUAUAAUUUAAGAUCAAAACCUCUUUAUUUAUAAAAAUACUAUUUCUUUUUAA